CCAACAUUCGAGCACUGCAACGCAACCAUCUCGUAGCGCAUGAUUUAUUACCAUAGGGCUCCAACUUCAUUAUUUCUCUCAUUCAUUUCCUGUUUCCACCCCACUACUAUGAUGCAUAAGAUGGCAUCUUACAUGAUAACAAAAUCAUCCUCUAAUCUUCCCUAAUUUAAAUGUUUUAGCUGCCCGUUGACUUUAUUAACGAUCUUUUCUUGCCAGAAUGGAGCCAGUCGCGGUGGUUGGGUUAAUCAGCAAUGUCUUGCAGUUCGUUGAGUUGGGAUAUAAACUUCUAUCCGCAUCAAAAGAAAUGUACGGAGCGGGAAAUGAGGCAACUCAAUCAAACAAGAAUCUUGAGUUCAUGACUCGAGAGAUGAAACGGUUGAGCCAGUGUCUAACCAAAGGCGGACCGCCGCCACAUGCGACCGACGAUGAGCAAAUCUUGUUGGAGCUAGCAGACAAAUGCGAAAGAUGGGCUGAUGAUAUGCUUGCAUUUCUUGCUCGCCUAAAGAAUAAGAACCCACAGAGCAAGUUAGCGGCAUUUAAAGCUUCAGUGAGGAACCAUACUACACGGCAUGAAAGGAGUCGACUCAAAGAGGGCCUCGACGAUUACAGAGUACAGUUAGACGUCCAGCUGAAUAUCAUGACUAGGUCCGAUAUCCUCAAAAACCUCAAUAGCAUGACCCAGGCGCUGAAGUUGACCAACGAAGACAUAGUAAUCUUAAAGCGCAGUGCAGAGUCACUUCAGGAGUCUGUCCCAGGCAUUGAAAUGAAAGUCGGUUCAAAAUUCCUAGACCAACUCAGGGGUAUUCUGCACGUCUCAGAAGAAACGAUAUUAAAAGCCAAGCAGAUGCUAUUCAUAAAUGCUCUAAGAAAUGAAGGAAUGGAAGAUCGGUUUUACCAUGUGGAACCUGCCCACGAAGCAACAUUUAAAUGGCUACUUGAAGAAAACCCUAUUUCAGAUCGUGGAUCUCCUGGGGAUGGGACACCGGAUAAACCCGAUACCAAACGAGAUAUUCGAGGCCAAUUCAUAAAUUGGCUUCGGAAUGAAAGCGGCAUCUUCCAAAUAUCGGGCAAACCAGGAUCGGGAAAGUCAACGCUGAUGAAGUUCUUAUACGGUAAUAAACUUACCUGGCGAUAUCUUGAGGACUGGUCAAAGGAGAAACAACUCGUAUUUGUUAAGUCUUUCUUCUGGAGACUGGGGAAUGAUACGCAGACAUUGAUGAGUCUCGUUCGUUCUCUCCUUCACCAAAUUCUUUCGGUUGCCAAGGACUUAAUACCCGUCGCCUUUCCUUCUCGUUGGGAGCAAAUUUAUUCUCACGGAGUGACCAUGGUCCAACUUGGGUUGGAAGAAAUUGAGCAAGGGUUCCAGAACCUUGUCACCAACCAGACAACUUUUGAAGGCCAUAAACUCGUCUUUUUCAUCGAUGGCCUAGAUGAAUAUCAAGGCAGGCAUAUUGAUCUUGUAAAAAGGCUAUUCAGCUGGACUUCUUCUAGCGAUGAAAACCUUAAGAUAUGCGUUUCUAGCAGAGAAUGGAAUGAAUUCAUGGUGGGGUUCUCUGAAUGCCCCAAACUACGAAUACACGAAUAUACUCACAAGGAUAUUAUGGCAAUGGUCCGUCAUCAACUAAAGGCUGGCUGCAAAUAUCCAACGCUCGUGAAUAGCUACCACAUUGAGUUCUUAACUCAGAAGAUAGCGUUUAAAGCUGAAGGUGUCUUUCAAUGGGUCAGCCUUGUUCUAAACGCUCUCAAUGAUGGUAUUCUCAAUGGCGACAACGUCUCAGAAUUGAUCUCCAAAAUUGAUUCGUUCCCAAAUGAACUAGAAGAUCUGUAUCAACAUCUAUUUAACUCAAUACACGCAAAAGAUCGUCAGAAGGUUUUCGAAACAUUAAGGAUGAUUAACUAUAUGGGAUCUGAUCACAGCAUACCCUUAAUGCGAGUUUGGUUCCUCAACAAAGUGAUAGACGAACCAAAUUACUGCAUGAAAGCGACUCUCGGGAGUGAAUCCGAUGAAGAAAUAACUGAUAUACUGGAAAUCACUCGAAGGCAGAUCUAUGGGCGCUGCAAGGGAUUUUUGAUAGUACACGACUAUCCAGAAAAACAUGUCUUGUUUAGCCCUCAUUUCCCAAACGAUGGAGGAGUAAGAUUCAUGCAUAGCACCGCCUACGAAUUCUUAGAACAAAUUCAUAUAAAACAAUCUAUUGAUCAGGUCGUGGGGAAGGUCGACCUUUUCGACCGUAUCUGCCAGACUUUCCUCGCAUAUGCUAAAUUCGCUAGACCAGAGUGGUACAACUUCGAUCCAUCAAAGAGUCACGAUUCCCCGUUCAACGAGGAGCUAGGCUACAUUCUUAUGUUGGCACUCGAGAAUGAAUGCUUGUUUUCCGACUGCAAGGCUUCUAUGAACAAUGGUCCUCGAUUCAUCAAAUUUCUAAAUGAACUAGAAACAACGAUAGUAGCAAAACGAGGCCCGCUAAAGACCCCAUACAAAGUUCAUGACUGUGUUCAUAUGAAGCCGUCAAAUACACCACCCGCAAGCGUAACAAAAAAUGGCUGCGUUGGUGCUGGUACCAUCAUUAAAUUGUUCGUUUUUAGUUGGCUACUACCCGAGUUUUUCCACGAUCAGGUUCCAACUUUUAAUUGGGAUGAAAUUCAUGAGGACCCUCUGUGUCUUCUGCUAGGAACUAUGGGUACGAGGAGAUCCCAAAUGAAGAUAUAUUACGAACGACUAUGUGAAAUGCUCGAGUGGUGUUUCUCAAAAGGUGUCACAUCUCCAAACUACAUUGGUAUAAACCAGCCAGGAUUGAGCCUUGUUGACUGCAUACUCCUCUUACUCAUGUAUCGGCCAUCUUACGAUCUAUGGUACAACAAAACUGAUAUUCAUCACGACACUAAUCUCUAUCCACUAAGGUUACUUGAGACGUGUCUACGUUAUGGCGCCAGGCCGCAGUUACAACUAUGGUUUUAUGAUUGUUACCAAGAGAAGGAUAAAGGGUUCGUUCGAGUCCGGCCUGUUUUUUCCAAUAAAUUCAUACAUGAAGGGUGGCAUACUCCAAAAGAAUCUCCUCUUGCAGUAUUUGCGAAACAGCGGGAGGGUAUAGUCACGAUUCGUGAUCUCACUGAACUCUGGUUUCCCUGCCACUACGUGGUGCUUCAAAAGCUGAUUGACCGUAACGAUCAGGCCACAGAGUCUAAAAGAGAUACACACACAUAUGAUAUCGUUCCUUCACAUCUUCAAGAUGAUCCGGGGCGAAACUGGUCGGAAGUUGAACUUGGAGAAGAUCUAUUCCAGUGGCAUAUUCAGUUGCCCGGUUCUGGUUAUAUUAUUGAAAGCAAGUGUGCCAUGGUUCCUUUCCGGUAUGAUGGAGUAAAAGGGUUUUUCUAGUUGCCGAACACCCACGGAUACAUAGAAACAACUUCAAGGUUAUGAUGAUUCACUCAUUCUUCUAACGAAUUUCCCCAUAUUCAAAUCAAAAAUCUACGGGCCUAUUAAAACACUGAAAUGCACCAUAACUUGAAAGAGAGACCUCUAACUACAAAGCCCCUAUUCAACUAUGGCG